UCAUAAAUCACAUGGGUCGCCCUCAAAAGCCAGGCAGGCGCUUUUUCAGGGCUUCCAUUCGCCAAGGGAGCAGCAGCAGCAGCAGCAGUGGCAGGAGCCGGCAGCUUGGCUUCCCCCCUGGAUCUUACUUACCCUCUUCUCCUCACAAUGUCCAUUGCCUAGCUUUUCAAAACAAUCCAUUGACAGGCCAUGUCUCCUUGUGGCAGAUGAUUGGUUGCUGAGAUAACUCUACCUAUCGAAAGGCCCUCUCCUUGGCAUAGUCAAGGACUGACGGAGACACCAGGUUCUCCCUUUUUUCCUCUGAACGUGUUCCACUAGAACAUUCAAAACUGUUUCUCCAAAGGGUUCUGCAGAAACUCAGACUGUUUUGUAAAGCAGAAGCACCAGAGUCCACAGCGGAAGCAAUGGGCAGCGUGCGAACCAACCGCUACAGCAUAGUUUCCUCGGAAGAGGACGGCAUGAAGCUGGCAACCAUGGCAGUUGCCAAUGGCUUUGGGAAUGGGAAGAGCAAAGUACACACCAGGCAACAGUGCAGAAGCCGGUUUGUCAAGAAAGAUGGCCACUGCAAUGUUCAAUUCAUUAACGUGGGUGAAAAAGGCCAGCGUUACUUAGCAGACAUCUUUACCACUUGUGUUGACAUCCGUUGGAGAUGGAUGUUGCUUAUCUUCUGCCUGGCUUUCAUCCUCUCAUGGCUGUUUUUUGGUUGUGUGUUCUGGUUGAUUGCCUUACUGCAUGGAGACCUAGAGAAUGGGGACCGACCUUGUGUCUCUGAAGUGCGCAGCUUCACGGCGGCCUUCCUCUUUUCCAUUGAAACACAAACAACAAUUGGUUAUGGCUUUAGGUGUGUCACUGACGAAUGCCCCAUUGCAGUCUUCAUGGUGGUUUUCCAGUCGAUAGUUGGCUGCAUCAUUGAUGCCUUCAUCAUUGGCGCUGUCAUGGCUAAGAUGGCUAAACCGAAAAAGCGAAACGAAACCCUAAUCUUCAGCCAUAAUGCUGUAAUAGCAAUGAGGGACGGAAAGUUGUGCCUGAUGUGGCGGGUUGGGAACCUGCGUAAAAGCCAUUUGGUAGAAGCACAUGUGAGAGCCCAACUCCUCAAAUCCCGAAUUACUACAGAAGGCGAAUACAUCCCUCUAGAUCAAAUAGAUAUCAAUGUUGGGUUUGACAGUGGGAUAGACCGCAUAUUUUUGGUAUCACCCAUUACAAUUGUCCAUGAAAUAGAUGAAGAGAGCCCUUUGUAUGACUUCUGUAAGCAAGACAUGGACAAUGCAGACUUUGAAAUUGUAGUAAUAUUAGAAGGCAUGGUGGAAGCCACUGCCAUGACCACUCAGUGCCGUAGCUCAUACCUAGCAAAUGAAAUCCUAUGGGGCCACCGUUAUGAGCCUGUACUAUUUGAAGAGAAAAACUACUACAAAGUGGAUUAUUCUAGGUUCCACAAAACAUACGAAGUGCCGAACACGCCCCUCUGCAGUGCCAGAGACUUAGCAGAAAAGAAAUACAUCCUUUCUAAUUCAAACUCAUUUUGCUAUGAGAAUGAAGUAGCUUUAACGAGCAAAGAGGAGGAGGACAGUGACAAUGGAGUGCCUGAGAGCACCAGCACAGACACCCACCCAGACAUGGACCAUCACAGCCAAGCAGGAGUGCCCCUGGAGCCUAGGCCUUUGAGGCGAGAAUCAGAAAUAUGACUAAAGGAGGUGAUUUCUAUGUUGGUUGAAAUCUUUCUCUCAGUUAACAGGCAUGCUGUUUUGAGAAGUGGCUACAAACAGUUUUUCAGACGAUGGUACUGUUGAAGAAAUGGACACACAGUCCUGAGAAAUCAAUCCAGCCUGGUUUCUAAGUGCUGUUUUCAGAGAAGAAACAGUAAAUGUGUGAAUUUGGAACAAGAAGCACUAUGUCUGCUCAUGACUAAAAGGCACAUAUAUGUUGUAGAAUAAAUUAAUGUAUAUAUUUUUUUAACAAAACUUGAACUUGCAGGCAAGCUUUGGUUGAGUUGUAUUGUUUGUCAUCUUUAUCUCUCUCUCUCUCUCUCUCUCUCUCUCUCUCUCUCUCUCUCUCUCUCUCUCUCUCUCUCUUUCCCAAAAUGCUUCUCUCUUGGGAACAAGAAUGUUUUUAAUGGCAUAACAAAGGCAAGAGACUGCCUUACUUUUUUUUUUUAAAAAAAGAUGCUGCUAAUUACAUGAACAAAAUUAUAUAUUUUUUGCCGUAGUGUAGUAUUCCAUGUUUCUUUCGUAUAUCCUUUUAAACAAUCACAAAAAGGUGGUGGUGGGAGGGAGACCCACAGUGUUGAAAUUGCUAGUUUCAAUGCUCUGGCAACCAGUCAAAGGGACUGGUGAUGCUGGGGAAUCAAAACGUUUUAUCGAGGCCAGUAGUUUGGUGGCUAGAAUCAAUUUCUAUCAGUACUAUCCUGUUACAUAAAGGGUGUUAUGCAACAUAAGGCCAGGCAAUUGCCUACAGGGGAGAAUUCCCUUUAAAAAAUGUGUUGGGGGAAUGGAAUGAGAUUUAUUUUUUUAUCUAAAACAUUUUUUUUAAAAAAAAUUCAAAACUACCUAAGUGAAUACCAAAGAGAAAAGAAAUGCACACUUUUGCACAGUGAAGUUUUUAAAAAAAUUUAAAUAGGUUGUUUUCAGACUAUUUUUCCUCCCCAAAGAUCCUUUACAUGUGGAGUAUUUUCUAAUGCACCUUAUUUUGAGAGUAAAACUGAGAAUACAUUUAAAAUAUCUUUUCCGCCUAUAUAUGGGAGCAAACACCAGCAGAAUAAUGGCAGAAAGUCUAAUGCUAAGCCAUGUUUACAUUCCAAAGCAGUUUCUGUAACAUAGGUCCCCAUUACAAAGUGGACAGGCAUUUUGAGAGACUGAACCCGCAAUGAUAACCAAUGGUAUUGUCAGGAUCCAUCUGCUGUUCAAUCUAUUUAAGGUUGUUAAGCACUAGCAAAACUACAAAUUCUACCAAAAAGGGUCACUACUAGACUGUAACAAAUGUCUGUUAUUGGAGCAACAUGCUAAUUCCAAAAGAAAGGAAACUGGCAUGGAGAAAUCCAAAGGAAAGAUCUCAGUAAUGGGGCACCUUCUCUUUGCCAGAACCAGAGUGGCAGAAAAGUGGAUGCGUGCUACUAUUAUCUAGAUUGUUUGUUAAGGGAAUCAUUAGUUGAAAGAAAUAAUGCUGUAAAAGAGUUCCCUUUUCUUCUUUUUAAUGGCUUGAAUAGACUUGGUGGGAUGAUUAGUGGACGCCAAGUCUUCACCAAAAUUUUUGAACAGCUAUUGAGACCUUCUGUUGAACCGUGACUGUAAUGGUAUUUUUGGAUCUCCUGCCAAAAAUGCUUUAAAGAUUCCCUGUGCCUCUAAGAUCAAGUGUACCAUUUUAGCUGCACCCAAAAGUUAUACAUAUGCAAAAUCUCCCAGUAGGGAGGAACUGAAGGUAUCACCAAGGAUUCAAAUCUGAAACUCUUUUACAGUAUUGGAUCCCACUGUAUGCCAUUAAAAAUAGCUUGUUCUGGAUCUAGUGUUGCGUUAUAUAACAUCUGUGGAGGUUUUGCUCUGUGAGAAGGAGGCAAGUGGAAUAAUGUGGCAUUUCCCAGAAAAUGUUAAUGGGAUUGAAGCAGAAGUGAUGGUCCUGGACUGCAAAAAUUGGAUACUGCAAAUGUAAACAGGGUUAUUUGGGGUUUCUCUUAAGGCAGAUAUGUAUGUACCAUAUACUGGAGCUAAUUGUGUAGGCAGAUAAAAAUGGGGCAAGCUGAAUUUGGAUGGAAACCCAGUCAGCCUCUGGGUCAGAGAAACAAUGGAAGCAACUGAACCUGACUUGUGCUGCUAUUGUGAUAUAUUUCUGUAAAGAAAGAUAAUGCAAACCAAAGAGUAUUUAGUGACAUGUUAAGACAAAAAAAGGGAGGAAGCUAUUCCAAAAUGCACAAAUCUCCCACUUGCAGGACUUGAGACGUUAGAUGUAAGGGUGAGUGGAGUAAGUGUUAAAAUAUAUGUUUUAAAAAUAGACACACACAGAAAGGGAUUUUUUUCUUUUGAAAACCUGUUCUUCUUUUUCUGAUACAGAGUUGAUUGUUGAUCUUUCUUUUCUGACAUGCAGGGGUUUGUGUUUUCAUAUUUAAAAGAAAAGAAAAAGAAAUGUACACUUUUUAUAAAGUUUAUCAAGUAUUUUCAUAUUUAAAGCCAAAAUGUAAAUAUGAGUCCAUUUGAAAAGAAAGAAGAGGCCAAGAUGGCAUCAGUUAGAACCUGUGAUGCUACUGGUUAGCAUGGUUUUUAGCAAAUAUUCGCAAGCCUUAUGGGAUUUCUAAUGCUAUGAGUUUUUGUUGUUAUUUAUUUAGGCAUGGAUGUUUCAUUUGACUGUUUUUUCCCCUUGCUAUGGCAUUUUUUAUUCCUGCUUUCAGAUUGCUAAAGGCUUGAUGAAAGUGGAUAAGCUAUUGAACUUCUUGUUGGUUUAGAUCAGUGGUUCUCAACCUGUAGGUCCCCAGAUGUUUUGGCCUUCAACUCCCAGAAAUCCUAACAGCUGGUAUACUGGCUGAGAUUUCUGGGAGUUGAAGGCCAAAACACCUGGGACUUACAGGUUGAGAACCACUGGUUUAGAUGUUCCCCCUCUUCAAGUAACCCUUUGGUCUAAAUCCAAUUGCUUGUCCCAUCUCAAGCAGACUCAUCAGACCAAUCAGCAGUUGAGAUGAGCUGGGUUUGGACCAUUGUAUUCAUCUGUUUGCUUCUGCAUGGGGAAACUGUUUGCAAGAACUUUUCAUCUGUCUAAAUAUCAAUGGUACCUGCCCUUAAUUAUUUUCAUAAUUAUUUUAAAGCAAACAAAUAAACCAUGCCUCAGGAAGCCUGGAUUCCACGAUAAUUGGGAAGCUACAUAAAUGGCAUAUUUUUAAGUAGCUGAUAAGGACAAUUGUGCAAAAUGUUGAGCAGUACAGCUGGGUGGUGCAAUCGCCAACCAAUUAAUGCUGAUAGGAAAUUUCCCACUGACUUCACUGGAAUGUGGAUUGCAUGCUAAGUCCUCAAACCACAAGUACGAGCUAAGGCCCAAGCAGUAGUUUUCCUCUUCCCUACAAAUACUUGAAUGAAAGCCCAUUAUUUUUUCUAUGGGACUAUCUUACACAGGGCACAUCCGAGGUAGGCUGUGCAGCUCUGUUGUUUUUCAUUGGUGGUCAGGAGUUCUCAAGUCAAAAUGAUCACUGCAUAGAUGUACAAUGCAAUCACAAAUCACCUUUUUUGUUUGCUCUUCAUUUUAUUACACAUGCUUUUGGCAAAGACAAAGGGUUCUGGGUCUGCUGUUUUUGGUUCUCUUGUGUCCUUUUGUGUGUGCGCAUGUGUGGGAUUACAAAGUAAAACUGAGAAGUACUGUAAUGUCUUUAAAAAAACAAACCCUGGCUGCUGCUGACCAUUUUCAAGAUAGGAGGGUGCUGCGUAGUUGCCAUCCCACAGGCAACCUAAGAGUUCUCUCUUUUUCUCUUCUUCUCAUAAAUGGAUUUUCUGUCCUACAGCUGUUUGUAAGGUGAACAAACCGAUAGGCAUUUGACAAUCGUUCUCCCUUACUGUUUUCCUGUUUGCAGCCUUUUGUAUCUAAGUCUUCCUAAUGUACUGCACAAAUCAUGGAUUGUACAGAUUUUUAUAUAAAUAAAUAUAUAAAUAUUAUGUCUUAUUUUAUUAUUUCUAAAUAAAUAAAAAAAUAAAGUAUUCUUGCACA